AUGUGUUCAGAUGAGGAUGCCUCACGGCCCUCUACUCCUACUUCUGCCCCUGCACCCCCAAAAGAUGCUGCACCCGCUUCGACCGCUGCGCGCGGAGCUCAGAAGGGCAAAACGGGGCCUGCUUCAAGAGGCGGAAGAUACUAUCAAAGAGGAGGUAAGAGCGGGGUAAGAGAGGCCCAAGAGGCUGCCGAGGAAACCACUGAAGGAGAGGCCCCUAAGAGGUUUGACGGCGAGGGUCGUGGUCGCGGUCGCGGUCGUGGUAGGGGCCGCGGUGAACGCGGUCGAGGACGAGGACGUCCCUUCGAUAGGCACAGCCAGACCGGCAAAUUCGACUCCGAGAAGAAAGUCAAUCAGGGCUGGGGCGCUGACGAGGGAGAUGCAGAACUCAAGGCAGAGAGCGCAGCUGCCAAUGAUGCUGCAGUAGAGGCAACCAACCCACCAGCAGAUACCAGCGGCUGGGGCGCUGCAGCUGCGUCUGUCGACGAUUGGGGUGCGUCGGCACCACCCGCAGAAGAUGCGGCACCUGAGGGCGAGAAAUCGGAACGCGAGGGUAGGAGAGGCAGAGACCGCGAGCCGGAAGAGGAGGAUAAUACUCUCACACUCGACGAAUAUUUGAAGCGGCAGAAGGAGAAGGAACUCGAGCUUGUGCCAAAGCUGGAGACUCGUAAGCCGAACGAGGGUGACGACACUAUCUGGAAGGAUGCCGUCGUCGUUACCAAGAAGGACGAAGAUGAGGGUGCCUACUUCGUUGGCAAAACAAAGGCUGCUGCUCCGAAGUCCCGUGCCAAGAAAGACGAGAAAAUCUUCCUUGAGAUCGAUGCCCGUUUCGAACGUCCUGCUCGAGGCGGUCGUGGUGGCCGUGGAGGAGACAGAGGAGAUGGUCGUGCUCGCGGUCGCGGUCGCGGCAGCGGCAGAGGCAGAGCCAACGGAAAUGGAAGUGCUACUCCCGUUGUUGAUGUCGACGAUCAAACUGCAUUCCCUUCCCUAGCCUAA